AUGCUAGCCUCGCCUUCCCUCCGCCAAUGUAUUCCUCUGCUUUUAUUUUUAUCUUUUGUAUCCCCAGAAGAAGAACCGCUUCUAACCAAAAGUAUCCUCAGAAAGGUUUUUAAAGGAAUCUUCUGUUUUUCAGACAGUGAAGAUCGAUGUCUUGAAGCCGUGGAUGCUGGCCCUUGCCAAUACUUUCAAGUCAACAUUUAAAAGAUUAUUAUCAAAAUUUUUCUUCAGGUCAAAUGGUUCUGGGAUGAAGCAGAUGGCGAAUGCAAAGAGUUUCACUACGGCGGAUGCAUGGGCUCAAGAAACCGAUUCAGCACGAAGCAAGAGUGUCUGAAGCAGUGCCGCUACAAGAUGUUCAAUCCUGUUUCGGUUCCGGGUGAGUUUCGGAAUCCUUUUUGUCCUCAUACACCUUUUUCAAGAUCUCUGCUUACUGGAGGCAGACCAGGGUCAUUGCGCGGAUGAGAGAAAGGGCCAGUGGUGGUACUUUUUCAACUCAGAUAGCGGUGAAUGUGAAAAGGUACGAAUUUUCAGGAAAAUUUUCAGUAAAAGACCACUUUUCUUAGUUUUUCUUCUAUGGGUGCGGCGGCAAUGAUAAUAAGUUCUACAGUCUGCACAUGUGUAGGAAAGUUUGCGGAGAACGGCUGUCCCCUCAAAUAGGUUGGGAAAAAAACUGAAGGAAAAUCUGCAUUUGAUUCUCCAGCUUGCGACCAAUGCGACGUUCGUACCUCAUUCUGCAAAUCGCACGGAAAAUUCAACUACACGUGCGAAUGUCGAGUGGGCUACGAAGCAAAUCAGUACGGAGAAUGUGUUGGUCAGUAGAUCAGCUGAAAAGUGAAAGAUAAGCUCGAACUUGAGAUAUUGACGAAUGCCGGGGAUACACCGCGGUUUGCGACAAAAACGCUUGGUGCACUAACGAAGUCGGAUCUCAUCGUUGUGAAUGCAUGGCGGCGUACCGCGGAGAUGGAAAACAUUGCACCUACGUCGGACUGGGUUUGUUCCAAAUAUCAUUGAAUCCUCUAAUUUGAAAGAGAAGUGAGCGAAGUGAACAAUAAAGAAAAAAAUCUUACCUAAUUAGGAAAAAAAAUAUUAGAUUAGCUAAUUUAAUAUUUUUUUACUAAGGAAUUCAUACUAUCGAUAAUUUAUUCGAUUCGGACGUUUCACAUUAAUAAGCUUGAAUAAUGUUUAAAAAAUCUUCCUAAAAUAUUGAAAACUCCUACGAGGAAGGUCAUUGUUUGUUUUGGCUGUUCGCUAGAAUCAGCUCAAAAACCAUUUAUUUAUCAAAUGAAAACCUCGGAAGUCUCAACGACGUAUAAUUAUUUUUUUAUGACUGGGGUUUCGAAGUCUAAUAAAACCAUCAAAACAUAACGGCUGCACACAAGUCCAUUUUUCGAAAUCAUUUGCGCCUAUUUCGAGUUUUCUUCGUAAACUUCAAUAAGCAGAUGGAGUCGAGUUCGUGCAAAUGUUCACAAAACAGAGCGGCCUCUACUUUCUUGUUUCUUGUAUACAUGUUCAUAAAUCAAAGAAAUUUUUUUAUCUUUGUGAUCACAUGGGUGGAACAGUUUGAUUUUUAGUAUUUAAGUAAAUGAAGUCCAGAAUUUGAAGGUGACAUUACAGAACUAAAUACUCUUGCUCCAACUAAGAUAUAAAUAUUAUAAUCUCGACACGCCUGUUGAAGGCGGCCGGCCGUAUUACGGUAGUCAGGAUAGGUUUUUCGGUAAUAAAAUUAAAGCGUGUGUACUUUUUGUGACUCACUUUUUUUUUUUGAUUUGAAAAGCCUGUUGAUUAUAUUCCGUGUGAAAUCUUCACUCGAAGUGGUCGCCCUCAUUCUGAGGCUUCCACCCAGAGCACGCUGUGUUCUGCGCUGGUCAAGGCGAAACUAAAUUAACUACACGCAGAAAAACGAGGCGAAGGACCGUAAGACCAUGCUUUCAACUUGAUCAACUUCAGGUUUAGACUUCUAGUUCGCGAAAGGCGGUUGUUCGUUAUAGCUUCAAAAGCUCUCUUCCACCUCGUUGAUCACACUCCCUACUAAAACAAAAAGAAUGAUGGAUUGACAUCCUUCUAACGAGAAUUUCAUGGUUAGCUCCCUGAAAAUUGGCCAGAAAAAUCCUCGAUAUACCAGGUGAAGGUUCUGAAACUCUCAGCGUUUACAACUUUCUAAUGUGUGAAAUUCCCGUUUUUCGAAUGAACUGUCAUUUUCCAGAAACUUAAACUAAAGUUUUGAGUGAUUCUAUAAGUUUUUUUCAGCUCAUUCAAAAAUAACAGUGAUCUAAUAGAAGAUUUUUUUCAAAGAAAAAUGUAAAUUAAUGUAUUUUUUUAAAUUUUCAGCUUUUUCUAGCUACGAGGUCUAUCCAUUAUCAGAUAGUCUCUGUACAUUCAAAAAACUUGAAGGUCGGUCUUCGAUCGACUGCAAAGACUGCGAUAUUCACGCCACUUGCAACAACGGAAUCUGCCAGUGCAAGGAGGGCUAUCAAGGCGAUGGAUUCAAUUGUUCCGGUUCGUAUUCGGAGCAUCUGUAAAAAGAAAGAGUUUUAGAUGUCAACGAAUGUUUGAAAGCUCCUCAACUGUGCGACAAGAACGCCGAGUGCAUAAACCGAGAGGGAUCCUUCAUUUGCAGUUGUCUGCCUGGUUACGCCGGCAAUGGAUACAACUGCACUCUCUCAAAAAGUUUAUCUUUUCAAAAUGUUCAGAGUGUGAAAAAGGGCAAUCGUCUCUUUGAUAUCAUUAAUAUUCACGAAGCAUGUUUCAAAACGCAUAAAAGGUUCAUUAGCCAUUCAAAAAUGCAAGGAAAGUAACAAAAAGGGAAGGUUUUUCUUCUUCUUUAUUUACCGUUAAAAUUGAUUUUGGGGAAUAGAAAUGACCGUUAGAGAGUAAAAAAGAUAACUGAAUUUCAUAUCCUUUAGGAGAGAGAACUUAGCAUAAAAACACCGGGACUAUAUUUUUUUAUUUUAGUACAUUUUUUUCAGAUGCGUGCCUUGACAAGUUUGAUCACGAAUAUUCGGAACCAUGCGGAAACGAGAACUGGCGACCUCAUUUCUUCUUCGACCACAAAACGCGCCAGUGAGGAUUCAUUUUUGAGACUUUUUUUUAAUUUGAAGUCUAAGAAUCAUCAAUUUUUGAAUUCCACCAAGCUACUAUCAGCAUACUCACUUUUGAAUGUUGGUUUAGAUUUUUAAGUUUGAGAAAUAAGAUUAGGUUAGGGGAAGCUUCAAAAUUUUUGAAUUCGAGAUAUUUCAAAAGAAAGUCUGCUUAAGAGCUUUUUUGAAGAUUGCAGGGUUGCUUUUCUUCAGAAUUGAACUGACUUGAAAAGAUCAAAUGAAUUGUUUAAAAAAAUUGUUCUAUACAGAUUAGCGGAACAGUGUCUUUGACACACGACAAUUGUCUUCACUGUAUUGUGAAUCGUUUUACGCCUUCCUUGAAGAUGCCAACAGUUCUGGUACGACGGAUGUCGAGGAAAGUCGCGCAACGUCUUCUCCGAGUACGAAACGUGCACAGGAAUGUGCGAGGAGACGAACGUCCUCACCAGAGCAGGUCCCACGCCCACACGUGCACUUUUUGUCCCCGUGUUCAGCUUGACUUUCCAAAGUUGUUUGAAAAGAAUGUUCAAGGCAAUAUUCACGAAACGCUUGAAUGCGAGUCAAUGCAGGGCCAAAACGCUUCGAAAGCCGCCGAGGCCCAAUUGUGGGUUUCCGGAGUUCCCGAACGCCCAGCUACUUAGCUAAAGCCGUUUGCAUUUAACUAACAGAGCUUGAGCUUCUGUUGGACCCUCUUUUUCUCGUCCGUGACUUCUGGGUUUUUCUUUAUAUAUUGUUCAAUGCGCUUAUUUUUUGAGCCGCUCGGGAAAUUAAGAGACUUCUUUUUAAAAAAUUUUCAUUGAUAUUUUAUUUACUUUUCUUUUUUAUCUAUGACGGGUCUCAGAAAGUAAUAUGAGAAAAAAAAUGUGUACUUCAGGUCAUCUAAACCUUCAUGUUCCAUUUUCUGGUUUGUCAUAUAUAAAUAAAGAUAUAAAUAUAGAUAUAUAUAUAUAUCUAUAUUUAUAUCUUUUAUAUCUUUUGAUUUCUACGCACCAAAAAAAAAGACACGACAAACGUGGAAAUAGCAGCGUAGGCGUAAAUUGUAUCCGAUUUAGAUUUCGCCUCUAUUUCUCUCAUGCUCUCGCACUCUUUGAUACCCAAACUUUGGGCAAUCGGGAGUCGGAAGCAAAUGAUGCUCGAAGAGAUGAAGGACACUGAUGAGAAACAUCACGUAGUAGCGAUCCCGUUGACGCCGCAGACUCGCGGCCUCAAGAAGAGCCGUUUUCUCUUGAGAUUUCGUGUUCGACCCCUUCUAAAAUCCACCCGCACACCACUCUCCUCCUUUUGCUCAUUCGCUUCUCCGCGUCCAAAAAAGGCUCUUGGAUCAAUUGCGACAGAAAACCGGGCGGACGACGUCGCCGCCGUGUCCUGCGGCGCCAUGUCAUGAAGGACCGUCGUCCGAAUGCUUCGAGAAGAGUUCUGCCCAGGCAACUGCUGCACGUUUUUGCUCUUGCACCGUUCCCCCUUGACUUCCGAAUAUUCCUGCUGCUCGCCGAGUUUUUUGGUGUUGAGUCUCGUUCAGAAGUGUGUUGGGACAAGUUCGACCUCAACUACAAGAACCAGUGCUUGAAUGGUCAGUAUUUCCUUUUUUUCGUUUGUUAAUUUCUGAAAGUUCUACGUUCCUUAAAAAAAAGUGGCUUGUCACUUCUAAAAAUGUUGAUGUUAUGAGUAAUAUUAAAAGGUAGAUUAGAAAAAUCACUUUUUUUCUUAUCUUAAAAAAAGUCUUCUGAUCGUUACUACAAUUACUUUUUUUCAAAAAUAAAUUCUGAAGGAAAUUUCUCGAUUUUAACGGUUCAGAGAAACAUAGCCUUCAAAAUUAUUACUAAAUAAAAAACAGGUAUUUCCUUUUUUGACUCUUUAUGCCGUGUUCAAAGUGAUUCCGUAAAGUUCGGGAAAGAAGUCAUAGGGUGAGAAAGAUAAUUAAAUUUUUGGAGAACCAGAGAUAUUUUAAAAUUUCGCGGACAUUACUUUAAACACGGCAUUACAGAAUUGGCACAUAAGCUAUAAGAAUUAACUUUUUGCGUGUAACAACUUUUAAAGCAAAAACAUUAUUAAAUAUUAAAAAAUCCCAAUUUUGAAAGCCUGUAGCAAAAAGUUCUUUUUUUCUCAAUUGACGAUAUUUUGACGUCUCAAUUUUUUUUACUUGUGAGCGGCUUGUUUUCCACAGCUCAAGUUCAGAUAAAAAAUAUUUCAACUUGAUUAGCGAAAAAAAAUAGUGCUUAAUUUGUCAUAAAAAGAUUUUUUUCAGGACAUUGGCAACAAUGGUACUACUUUGACCACGCCUCGCUGACGUGUCGCCAGUUCUGGUACGACGGAUGUCGGUCAGACUCGCGCAAUAUUUUCGAGGACGAGCUCACCUGUCAAUGGCUUUGCGAGUCUCAGCCAAUGUACAAAUCUCGUGAGUCCUUUUCUUUUUUUUCUAACGGAGAUUUUUUUUGUAAUUCAUUCUGUAUGGUUUAUAACCACUCGAAGAGGGAAAAGUAUGAAAAUGAAAGAAAUGAUAUUACGAGAAAAUAAAGAGAGCUUAUGUUCUCACAGAGGUGGAAGAUGGCAGCCAGUAGGCCGCCCUGGCUGCCUGGCAAAGUUCAACAAGGGAGUUUAUUUCACUUUGCGGAUGGGAAUAUUCUGAAAACUUUUCACAAUAACCUUUAAAGUAUUGAGGUCCUGAAAGUCAACUUGCACAACUUUCUAUUUUUUGAGUAAUAAGGGCCUAAAGCCCAAAAAUAGCUUAUUCUGAUGGAUUUGGAGAGAUUCCUGUCUUUGAGGGGUCGUUUCUUGAAAAAAUAGGAAGUUAUGCAGGUUGAGAUUUUUAGAAUAUUCACCUGGUACAUCGAAGAGUUUUCUGAUCAGUUCCCAGGGAAAACCUAACCCCAAAGUAAAAUACUUUCCUUGUUGAGUGAAGUUGAGUCUGUCGAUUUUUUACAACUUGAAAAAUAUUCGUUCUACUUAAAUAUUUCUUUUUUUAUCCGAUUCUAGGAGCAUGCCUGGAAGAUUUUGACGAGGGACUCAAAAAGGAGUGCAAUGGUGGGCGUUGGAGACAGCAAUGGUACUUUGACAAGGGAAGCAAGGUGAUUUUCGUCUUUGAUCUCCGGAAAUGUGUUGAAUGAACCGCAAAACGGAAUGCUUGACGUUUUUUUUUUCAAAGAUCUUAACUUCUUUCUAUAAAAAAACCAGUUCCGAAGAACUAAUUCAUUUUCCCACCAAAACUUCUAGAAAUGCCAUGCGUUCUGGUACGAUGGAUGUCACGGCGAGAACAACAACAUCUUCCAGGACGAAGUUUCCUGCCUUCAAACCUGCGAAAAUCCAGCCAAGAAAGAUCGUGAGUUUUAAUUAUUUUUCCUCCUUUUUGAAAUGCUCUAUAAAGACAAUUUUCAGCUCGAAAACCGUGGCAUAACAAUGACAAGUUUAAGAUGAAAGAACUCCUCGGCGAUGUUUUCAGUAAAAGACUUUUUUUUUUCUACACCUUACCCGUGAUUGUAGAGCCUAACGUGACCGACGUGUGUGCGGCGAAAAAUCCAUGCAAAAAUCAAGGAACUUGCAUUUUUGUUUGGAAGAAAAACACGCACUAUUGCAAGUGUCCACCAGGUUUUCACGGAAACAACUGCGAAAAGAAAAUUGGUGAGUUUUCCGAUCUGAUCAUUUUCAUUGCAAUGACCACUUUGAAGAGUUCGAUCCCUGCGCUGAGAGUCCUUGCCACAACGGAGCAACUUGCCAAGCGAAAUUCGACGAGGACGACAAGCCGACAUACGAAUGCUACUGUUCCACUGGGUUCGGAGGGCCGAAGUGCGAUCAAAGUGAGUUUCCUCCGCUUCACCUCAAAAAUUGAUUUUUCAAGAACCCUGUGACGUGAAUCCAUGCCUGAAUAACGGUACCUGUCGAACGACUCGCGGCUUGAGUACCUAUUUCUGCGAAUGUCAGCCGAGUUUUGGUGGCAAAAACUGCGACAUUUGCAAGUCUAACUUGUUUCUUCACCAACAUGAGAGAUAUUUCAGCUAUUGGCUCUGUCCCUCCUGAAGAAAAGUUUGGCAAGAAAGUGGAGAGGAUCUCAAGCGGAAAGGAGGAAUGGAUAGCUCAGAUGCGGGACAGACUUCGCGAGACUGGCGGCGGGAUCGGCGGAGCUACUGGCGCGGGUCUCAAGAAGCCAGGCAGUGCCGAGGAAAAGGACAAGUCAACCAAGGUGGCCAAGUCGACGCAGGUAGCAGACGAACCCUAUAAAGGUAUUUUAAUGGAAAAAAUCCAACACUAACUAGGGCAUGGUCUCCGCUCAACAACGAGUUGAGAAUCAAGGCUUCGUGGGUAGGUAGGCCUUGUGUGAAAAUUCAUCGUAAGUUUUCUCUCUCAAAUAUUCUAACCAUGGUUUGAAUCCUUUGGUGGAAAUCAUUUUUGCCGGCUCAUAAUUUUUUUAUAUUUUUCACACUUUUUGUGAGAUUUUUUUUCAUAUAUACUCAAUUUAGAAAUUUCGGGAAAAUAUUUUAAAAAAACAUUUUUAAAAAAACAAACAUAUUUUUUUACAAUCUUCCUCAUGUCAAAUUUUUCUUCUAUAAUGAGGAGAUUUCUCCGAUAUUUUAUGUGUUGGAAUACAGACAUUCAGGAUCUUUAGUAAAUUCAAGUUUUUUUUGCGCAAAAAAAUCUUUUUUUAAAUUUUUUUGAAAAACCGUCAUAUUUUUGUGAUAUUUGGAACGUGAUUUUAUAAAAAAAUUUUUAAAAAAAGUUUGAUUUUUUUAAAAAAAUUGUAUCAUGGUGUUUCCGUUCAGUACACACGUGUCCGAAAGGCAGGUAAUUGCUUUUUGAAAGAACUUAAAGUUUUAGAACAAAUCUACUUGACGUAAAAUUUCAUAAUCUGAUCGUUUUCUCCAGCAUUUGCACAUCAAGUAGUAGAAGAUACAAAAAAAAAUUUUUAUCAGAUUCAUUUUAAAAUGAGAUUUUAGUAAAUUUUUAUUGCGAAUUUUUUAAACAAAACCGAUAAAUAUGUGUAUAUAUGAAAAUGAUAAAGUUUUGAGCCGGUGUUUCCCGCCAAAAGGAUUCUCACCAUGGUCACAAUAUUGACCGUCCGAGCGCGGCCAUUUGCGCGCUGGAAAGCUUUCUCCGAGCUUUUCCCCAGCUGCCUUUGGGGUUUAGCAGAACUCAUUCCUGAUUCCUAGUAAUCUCACUUAGGUCUACCAACACACAAAGUCUUGACUCCCAACUCGCUGUUCAGCGAAUACCAUUCCCUAGUAAUGCUUUAAUACUCUUUUUUGUUCAGAUCCGGCGACCAAGAAGCGAGAGAGAGAAGAACAGGAAAAACUCAAAGCUGAGGAGAAGGCAAAGGCGGAAGAAGAAGAAGCCCAGAGGAAAAAAGAACUCGAGCUGAAAAAUCUGGAAGAACAGCGACUUCUGCAGCUUUUGGAAACAACUACAAGUUUCCAGAGCCGAGUCCCCGUCACCCUCUCCUUUUUUGUAAUUUUCAGUGCUUUUAUGAAAAUUUUCUAG